AUGAUUGCUACCACCAUGCUUUACGUGAUCAUCCAGAUACCGGCCACGCUGGAGGAGCAGUAUGUGGACAACAGGGAGGCCGAGAAGCAGGCGGGAGCUGAGAGCAUAUGGGCCUUCGUUGGCCUGGUGAGCUCGGUGUGCGCCUUCGCGGGCUACAUAUUCUAUUGCUACAAGCAGUCGAAGGUCGACAAGGAGGUCGACCAGAUCCUGAAGAUGAUCAAGGCGGGGAAGUUCGACGCAAAGGCCCUCUGGCAGUUCACCGUGGACCGGUUCCGCGGACAGGGCGGCGGCGGGGAUGAGCCGCUGCUGGCGAAAGAUAAAAUCAUGGAGCCGGUCUUGAGGUCGUUCUUCAAGGAGUAUGACCGCUUUCCGCCCUACGGCACAAUCGAGAUGUGCGAGUUGAACUUGCUGAUCAGGGAUUUGGGCUUCGAUGCGUCGAAAGCGACUGACGAGAUCAAGAGGUUCGACAAUAACAACGACCAGGAACUGAAUUUCCAGGAGUUCAGCAACUUCGUGGAGAACUACAUGAAGAGGGACGACGUGCAAGCCAAGUACCAGGCGUCGCCUGCUGAAGAGCCAGAGGACGAGGAGGACCCCAUGCCGGACGACCUGAGGAACGACGAUUGGUCCACGCAGCAGAGAAAGGUCAAGAUGCGCGCCUGUUACUUCAUGGGGGUCGGAACCCUGCUGGUGCUCCUGUUUUCCGACCCUAUGGUGGACGUGCUCUCCGAGUGGGGUGUACGUACUGGCGUUCCGAACUUUUACGUGUCCUUCGUCCUGGCUCCCUUCGCGUCAAACGCGAGCGAGCUGCUGGCGGCGUAUUCCUACGCCUCCAAGAAGACCCCGUCUUCCAUCACGAACUCGCUGUCCUCGCUACUUGGCGCCGCGUGCAUGAACAACACGUUCUGUUUAGGAAUCUUCCUGGCAUUGUGCUAUUUCCAAGGCCUUGCCUGGCAGUUCACCGCAGAGACUAUCGCGAUCAUGUUCGUCCAGUGGCUCAUCGGAGGUGUGGCAAUGCUCAAGGACUACCAAUCUCGCCUCAUGGCCUGGGGGGUGCUUCUGUGUUAUCCAGGCUGCCUCCUGCUGGUAUACCUCCUCGAGAAUCCGGCCAUCGGCGGCUUGGACUGA